AUGACAUGCUGCUGGUUAGAGACGACCAAUAUCAGAUCGGUCAGUACGCAAAGGCGCGAAGGAACACAAGUGGCGUUACGCAUUGUUGAUUAUUUUCGCCCAUGCGUACCUGCGUACCAGUUAUGUUCACCCCUGACUAUAUUACAUAGUUAUAUACAUAUAUGUUUAUAUAUAUAACUCUAUGUAAUAUGACAAUAAAGUAUUCUUCUUCAAUGCCUUGUGAGUAAAUGCAUUACAAUGUGGACCGCAACAUAUAGACGCUAGCCUCUUUACUAGCUUGUUAGCUCCUUAAAACAGAAGUCAACGGAGCAGCGUUAGCUCCCGUUCGCUCGCGUUAGCACGCGUUAGCACGAACUCGUCUUUAUUUGACUUUGCCGAGCUCCUCUUUAAACUUUGUGUUGAUUUAUGUAGUUGGUUAUCUCGUGACUCUCUUCCAGCUGGCGUUAGGACACUGACAUCGUCCUCACAUGUUGACCGUGUGGCAGGUUCUCCUGCUGUCGGUCAGAUGUCCGUUCCAUUUCCUGUUUCCUGUCUGGGAUCCAGGGGGCGGGCGGAUCUGCCGGUAUCAAGAUCACUCUGAUGCAUCUGGCAAAGUUUUGAAAUGGCGGGAUGGAUCCGGUUGAUCCGGGGCGGGGGGGAUCUGGUGAUCCGGAUCAUUCUGAUCUGGGUUACAUGUUUUUAAAUACCGGCCCUAGAAGUGGGUCAGUGUGUUAAAAGUGUUAAAACCCGUUUUCUUUUCUCCUCAGGAGUUGAAUCGUUUGAAUCUAGAAUCUUCCAACGGAAAGAUGAUGUCUGAUUUGUCGGUCUCCUACAUUGACUCCUCCCUAAUCUCCCCGGAGACCGGCUCCCUAUUGGGUAACUCGGUUUCCAUGGCGUCAGCUGGCUCCUUGUUGGCUAAACAGAACAAGCCCAAAAGUGGGAGGAGUUUACUGGGAGGGCCUGCAACGCUCAGCCCGCUGACACCCAGUUUCGGCAUCCUGCCCCUGGAGCCCAGCCCUGGAGACGCCACGUAUCUACAGAACUAUUCAGCUACCAUGGAAACACAAUCUACAGCUCCCAGCAAAAAGUCUGUCUCCAGGAUAAGUCAGUCAAAAUCUGUCUUCAGUCAGACUGGAAACAGCAGAGAUGUUCUCCCCAUCCCCUUCAACCAAUCACAGAGCUCCGCCCCUCACACCAGUGGCUCCCCCCAGGUCCUCAGUCCCAGUAUGUCUGGUCCCCCCAACGUUCAGCCCAGAAGAAGCUCCAGACUGUUUACUAGUGCCAGUUCUACUGCCAAGGAGAACAGCAAGAAGUUAAAGAUGAAGUUUCCUACAAAGAUCCCCAACAGAAAAACUAAAUGUAAAUCAGCAAAGACGUCAAACAGCAGCAACCUGAACGAGAGUCUGGACAUCUUGAGACUGGAUGCUAGCCUGAGCCUCCCGGACCCCAAGAUGCCCCAGUACCAGAGAGCUGCUGCAGACAGCGUGAUGGCGUUGCUACGGGAACUGGGCCGUGGUUACCAGGCGCUGUGCUCGUACAACUGCAGAGACGCCAUCAGCACCCUGAGCUCGCUGCCCCCCCAGCACUACAACACGGGCUGGGUGCUCACGCACAUCGGCAGGGCGUACUUCGAGCUGGCCGAGUACACGCAGGCGGAGCGUCUGUUCAGCGAGGUUCGCAGGAUCGAGUCGUACAGAGUUGAAGGAAUGGAGAUUUAUUCAACAACACUGUGGCACCUGCAGAAAGACGUGGCGCUGUCCGCCCUGUCCAAGGACCUGACGGACAUGGACAAGAACUGCCCCGAGGCCUGGUGCGUAGCAGGGAACUGUUUCAGUCUGCAGAGAGAGCACGACAUCGCCAUCAAGUUCUUCCAGAGAGCCAUCCAGGUGGACCCUGGCUUUGCGUACGCCUACACUCUGCUGGGCCAUGAGUUUGUCUUGACGGAGGAGUUGGACCGGGCGCUCGCCUGCUUCCGCAACGCCAUCCGGGUGAACAGCCGCCACUACAACGCCUGGUACGGUCUGGGGAUGAUCUACUACAAACAGGAGAAGUUCAACUUGGCAGAAAUCCACUUCAAGAAGGCGCUGAGCAUCAACCCCCAGAGCUCCGUGCUGCUCUGCCACAUCGGAGUGGUGCAGCAUGCAUUGAAGAAGUCUGACGCUGCUCUGGAGACCCUGAACAGGGCCAUCGUCAUCGACCCCAAGAACCCGCUCUGCAAGUUCCACCGGGCCUCCAUCCUGUUCGCCAACGACAAGUACAAGGCUGCUCUGCAGGAGCUGGAGGAGUUGAAGCAGAUCGUUCCCAAAGAGUCUCUGGUUUACUUCCUCAUAGGAAAGGUGUAUAAGAAGCUGGGUCAGACUCACCUGGCUCUGAUGAACUUCAGCUGGGCGAUGGACCUGGACCCCAAAGGAGCCAACAACCAGAUCAAAGAGGCCAUCGACAAGAGGUACCUGCCCGAGGACGAAGCUGCUGAGGUGGACGACAGCCAGGACAGCAGCGUCAUGACGGACGCUGACGACACGCAGCUGCACGCGGCUGAGAGUGAUGACGUCCUUUAGUCCCGCCCCCCCCACCUUCUCGAGCCAAACCGUGGCCCGAUUGGCUGGAGUAGUUGCUAGACAACAUUCUGACAGGUGGAUCUUCAGUCAUGCUCCGCCCCGGAUCUCCGCCCUGUCUUCUGAUUGGCUGAAACAGACUGCUGCUGCCCUGAAGCCCCGCCCUUCCUCAUACAUCAUCAGGCUCAUCCUCUGACAUCACAGCUGUUUUUUAUGUUCUUUUUAUCAUCGUUAUGGAAAUAAAUCAAUAAAAACGUGUAAACCCCA